AUGCCUCUUUGCAGUAGUGGACCAAAAUUAAUCCAACGUAAGAUCGUCAUCCUCGGUGACGGUGCAUGUGGUAAGACAUCAUUGUUGAAUGUCUUCACAAGGGGUUACUUCCCUCAAGUGUACGAACCCACAGUGUUUGAAAACUAUGUACACGAUAUUUUCAUUGAUCAACAACAAGUACAGUUGUCUCUAUGGGAUACGGCGGGACAGGAAGAAUUCGAUAGAUUAAGAUCAUUAUCCUACUCAGACACCCAUUGUAUCAUGCUAUGUUUUUCUAUUGACUCUCCCGAUUCUCUUGAAAAUGUUCAAACCAAAUGGGUAGGUGAAAUCGCUGAUCAUUGCGAAGGGGUUAAACUAGUAUUGGUGGCCUUAAAGUGCGACUUGAGAAAUGAUGAAGAUGAAGAGAUCACCACGGUUACCAAUGGAGAAGAUGAAUCAUUUAAUCCUUAUUCACAAAACAGUAAUGCUCGUAAGUUGAUUUCUUAUAAUGAAGGGUUGAACGUAGCCAAAAAAAUUGGUGCUUUAAGGUAUUUGGAAUGUUCAGCAAAGAAGAAUAGAGGUGUUAAUGAAGCUUUUUCAGAAGCUGCCAGAUGUGCUCUUAAUGCUAGACCAAAAGGUGCUAACGAUAAUGAGCCAGAAAAGAAAGGUUGUAUCAUUGUAUAA